AAGAAGAAGGAGGAGGACUUUGGACCCUGACGUCAUGUCCCUGACAACCAGCGCUUCCUUCCAGCUGUGUUCGCCGUGUCGACUCCUCGUUUAUCACGUCCACGUCUCUUCUUCUCCAUGAACAAGUGGAGUUAUUAGUUUAAGAUGAAACCGAAGAAGCUGCACCUCCUGCUCCUGUGGAUGCUGUGUUGCUCCGGUGUGGCUGAAGCUAUCGAACCCAUCAGCACCACGUUAGCGGUCGGCGUCGCCGCGGCGCUGACCGGCUUCUUAGCUAGCUACCCGAAUAUUUUGUACUAUUUCCACGAGUGCUGUCGACCCGAGUGGAUUUCUUUCAACAGAACAGGUCUCGAGGCAGACCUGCAAAGCAAACUGUUUGGGCAGCACAUUGCAUCACGCAUCAUCUUAAAAGCCGUGAACGGAUUCAUGAGCAAUGACAACCCGAAGAAGCCGCUGGUGCUCUCUCUGCACGGGUGGACCGGGACGGGGAAGAACUUUGUUAGCAAGAUGAUCGCUGAGAACAUUUACAAGGAGGGGAUGGACAGCAAAUUCGUUCAUAUUUUCACAUCCACGCUUCACUUCCCACACCCAAGUCAAAAUGCCACCUAUAAGGCUCAGUUACAGCAGUGGAUCAGAGGCAACGUCAGCAGCUGCGAACGCUCCAUGUUCAUCUUCGAUGAGAUGGACAAGAUGCAUCCCGGUUUGCUCGACAGCAUCAAGCCGUACCUGGACUACUACGACAAGCUGGACGGAGUUUCAUACCGGAAAUCAAUCUUCAUCUUUCUCAGUAACGCUGGAGGCGAGGGCAUCAUUCAGACGGCUUUAGAUUUCUGGAAAGGGGGACGCGAUCGAGAGGAGAUCGAGCUCAAAGACCUUGAAACGGCGCUCUCUCUUUCAGUAUUCAACAACGACAAGAGUGGCUUUUUUCACACGAGUUUGAUCGACAAGAACCUGGUGGACUUCUUCGUCCCGUUCCUGCCGCUGCAGUACGAGCACGUGGUCCAGUGCGCCAUGGCCGAGAUGAAAGCCAGAGACCUGGAGCCGGACCGGGACGUGGCCGACAAGUUGGCCCGAGAUCUAGUCUACUUCCCCAAAUCCGAGAGGGUGUUCUCAGUAAAAGGCUGCAAGACAAUAGAGAGCAAGUUGGACUACUACACAUAAUGUGUGCACCUGAAGGACGCUACGUUCGGUCACUGUGAGCACUUUGUAAAACUCUCAGCCAAAAUGACUAAAGAGAGGAAGCCGAGCUAACAGAAGAAAGGGUGAAGGUGACAUCGGGAAACCUCCUCCGAAGUUACGUCUCACUUACACUGAAUGAAGAGGCGGACGAACGGCACGGCGCCAGCGGAAUGAAAAUUUAAUAAGUUUGGAAUGCUAGCCUUUGUAAAUGAUUAGGGAGCUUGAAGUCUGCUUUUAUGUCUCAAGGAUGGUUUCGUUUUCCUAAAGGCAUCUUAAUGAAAGCUGUCCUACUGUCGGCGACACCGUCACUGUUGUUUUUAUGGAAACACAUGCCUUCGUUUUUAUUUUUUUGCCUUUUUUUUUGUUAUUUUAUUUGAAUGUCCACUGUAAAUAUGAUUCCAUUCGAAGUCAAAGAUGAGUUUUGUGGGUAAACUAAUUAUAGAGAAGGUCUAAAUCUUGCCUCUGUUUUAUAUGUACCAUACAAAAUCGAUGUCAGGUAUGUUUUCUAUGCUGACAGCUGAUAUUUUUUUAGACCGUCACUCAACCUCACGUCAGGAGAAGAAACUAAUACUGUGCAGGGUUGUUUUACAGGUUGAAAAUAAUUAUUAAAAAAAAAGUGAAUAUUGUUCCUGGAUAUCGCUGAAUGAUUUCUGUCAAAGAGCGUUACUGUCAGUAAGAGGAGGACGUGGUCUACUGGCUUUUUAAGACCUGAUAGUUUGUAAUCUGAAGGAUCGGACGCAGUGCAAGAAAACACGUUCUGUAAAACCGAUUAUUGUUACCUCGGACUGUGAACGGCUGCUGUUGACGUGAUGGAAAUGAGGCCUUUUGGUUAUAAACAGCAAAUCACGAAUAAAAUAUCACGUUUUUUUCUCA